AUGAGAACCGUACACCAGCUCAAGCUCUAUCGCAACUGUCUCUCCGUGUGGAACCGUCUGCGGUCGUCGCCUGCUGUCUUCUUCGAUGUCUUCUGGGACUGGACUCGCCGUUUUUUCUUCACCCUGAGUUUCCUCGCUCUGUUCUCUGCGAAACUGCUGCAUCUCUACGCUCACCUGCACUCGCUGCCCGCCUCCAAGUUUCUGACCUGGGCAAUCACCUUCUUUACGCAAGAUGUCGCGUGCACUUUGCUCAUUCGCAUUUUCACCCAAAAGUUUCCGUGGCGAUGGCUUGACGCUCUCGCUGCGGUGGUCAUCAUUCCCUUUAGUCUGACCAUGUCCGGAAUGGCCUCGGCCAACAUCUCGUUCUUCGUUACCGCCGGCGCGGAAAUCAACUGGCGACUGGCGAAAUCGUUCCAUCGUGAUGCGGCUGCUGUUCGGACGUUGUUGACGGGUUUGACGGGAUUUCUCAUUGUGGAGGCCAUCAUGACCGUUAUUGCGUGGUUUAUUGCGCCAUUUCUGCAUCGCGUCGUUGGAGGAAUACUGCAUAUUCUCGCCGAGCCGUUCAAGAAGGUCUUCAAACCGCUGUUCAACCGCGCCUCUGGCCUCCCGUCACGCAUUCGCCACAUUCGCCUCCGGAGCGAGCCCCUCCCAGACCCUGAAGUCUACGAGCAGAUCGCCGUCGAGGAUUACCACGAUUACAAGAGUGACGAGGAGGAUGAGUUUGAGGAUAUCCCGCAGCGCCCGCCUCAGCGCAUCUCGCUCGCAAAGCGGUUGAUUGUUUGGUUACCGUUGAUCUUCCUCGCGGUCCUCCGCAUCGUGCGCCCACCGUACCCGUCCUAUAUUUUCCUGUCCGGAGCCCUUCCGAUGACGCCGUUUGCUGGAAUGCACCGACCGACACUGGGCGAACAGGCGGGAAAUAUUCCAGACUAUGCUUGGCUCGAAGGUAAGACCGCGCUCGGCAAGCCUCCGGUCUGGGACUGGAUGCCGGAAGAGACGCUUCCUGGGUUCGACGACUGGCAUAAACACCACGAGCAUUACACUCCAUCGCUGGAUCCGCUACAUUUGUCGAAUCUGCAGGCACCGGUAUUGGACGAACUGAAGGACGUACUGGCCAGUGGAGAUGUGAACAUCAAGCAUGUCAUUAUGCUGAAGUUGGAAAGUACCCGAGGGGACGUCUUUCCGCUCCGCAAUGGGUCGUUUAUGUGGAAUAAGAUUGUGGACUCAUUUGGCGACGACGAAAUGCCCGAGAGCGCUGUGCGAACUGUCGCAAACCUCACCCGAACCGCCGAAUACUUGACCGGCUUCGAUUCCGGCUUCGACCAGUACCGCGACGGCGAGCGCAAAUCCUACGGUGGACUUAGCGCUAGAAACGGCUUUACAACCGGCACGUACACUAUCAAAUCCGUCGCCGGAACGAUGUGCGGGAUCUCGCCACUCGUAGCAGAGCUGAACAAGGAGUACAAACAUCACCUCUAUAACCCGUGCAUGCCGCACGUCGUCAACGCGCUCAGCCACCAGGCGGACAUCACCAACGGCUCGGACUACCGCACCUGGCCGUGGGAGUCGAUCUGGAUGCAGUCGGUCACCGACACUUAUGAUUUUCAGUUCGAAUUGACUCCUCGCAUGGGCUUUGGGGACAUCUACACCAAAGAGCGCAUCGAGAAGCCAGACGCAAAGCACGCCCCACUCAAAUACAAGGAAGUCAACUACUACGGCUACCCAGAUGUCGAGCUGAAAGAAUACAUCCGCGAUGCGUUUGACGCAGCCGAAGCAAACAACACUCGCCUCUUCCUCGCCCAUCUCACCGGGACGACGCACCACCCGUGGGGCAUGCCGGACGACAAAUACGAAAACAUCAUGGGCCCGUCCUUCAAGGGGAAGAACAACGACAUGAACAAGUAUCUCAACACGAUCGGGUUUGCCGACCGGUGGCUCGCCCAGAUCAUCGAAAUCCUAGAAGAGAAAGGCGUGCGCAACGAAACACUCCUCGUCAUGGCCGGCGACCACGGCCUCUCCCUCCCCAACGACGGCGGCAUCACCCCCUACCACAACCCGCACAUCGGCUCCUUCCACGUCCCAAUUGUCCUUGCCCACCCGAACUUACCUUCCAUCGAAAUCAAAGACCCCGUUAUCUCCCUGCAACUCGUACCCACGAUCAUCGACCUCCUCAUCGAAUCCUCCUCUCUCGGUCCACAAUCCACCCAAGCGGCGCGAGACAUCCGUGGCCUGUACGAAGGCCAAUCUCUCAUCCGGCCUCUCUUCCAAGAAGCAAACGGCAUGCAGGACUGGCAAUUCAGCGUCAUGAACCCCGGCGGCUCAUGGCUUGCCGUGCGAUCUGCCGCGCGACCACAAUGGCGCAUCGCGAUCCCGCUUAUCGACGACCUCGAGUGGCGCUUCACCGACAUUGAAAAAGACCCGCAGGAGGAGCACCCGUUGACGAGCUUCAGCUUCUUCGACCUGAUGGAUGCACUCUGGCACGAGUACAAGGACGAGGACGUCGCUGGAAGCAACAGUACCCAAAAGUCAAUUCGCGAUGACCGCGGCUUCUUCGACCAUCCUCAUCAUCCUCACCACCCUCCCCCUCCAGGUGGCGGUCCGCCUCCGCCUCCGAUCACAAUCACGCCGUCUCGUCCGCACCCGGAGGAUGCUCCGUGGGAACCGGAGGUCGUGCGUUGGGCACGCGAUGCCGCUCAUAUGACGGAGUGGUGGAUUGCGGACAACCAUCGGCGGUAUGGGUACAAGAAGCCGUGA